UUUUAAUAAAUUGUGUCUCACUGGAGUGCUUUUUUUAAAUAUCAACAAUUUUGAAAAUUAUUUUGUUUUUGGUAAUGUAGUAGAGGAAUUUCUUGAUAUUAUUUAUCCAACACAGGGUUGUGGCGGACAUGAGAGCCAAGCAAUUGAGAAAAUUAUUCUUACGAAUGAUAAGAUUAAAGAAUUAAAAGAAAUGCCAGAACUAGAGAGGCGUGAAUUUCUUUGCGCUCGAGAAAUUUUUCAACCACUGGAAAUUCAAAAGCACCUGAGAUGUAGGUAUGUCAAUAGGGGUAUUCCAUUUUUAAAAAUAGCACCCUUCAAGGAAGAGGAAAUAUUUUUGGAACCUAGAAUUCUUUUGCUCCAUGACGUCAUUUCUGACAAAGAAAUUGAUAUCAUAAAAAAUUUAGCAAAACCCAAGUUUGCAACAGCAGGAUUCAGAAAUGUUAAAUCAGGUUCGAUUGAUGUGGACCCAACAUUUAGGGACACUAAAACUGGAUGGUUACUCGAUUCUGAGAGUAUAAUCGUAGAAGAUUUAAGUUAUCGAAUAAGGGACAUGACACAAUUGAAUAUGGAAACAGCAGAACAGUUACAAGUGGCUUAUUAUGAUGUUGGGGGUCAUUACAGGCCACAUUAUGAUUUUGCUGUCGAAGAAGACAUAGAUCUAUUCAAACAUCUUGGAACUGGCAACCGAAUAGCUACUGUUCUUUUUUAUUUUAAUGACGUUGAAGAGGGAGGCAACACAGUUUUUACAGAAAUAAAUGUUUCUCUCAAACCAAAGAAAGGAGCUGCCGCUUUUUGGUACAAUCUUCAACCAAAUGGAGAGAGAGAUUUUUUAACGAGGCAUUCGGCCUGUCCUGUAAUUUCCGGUUUUAAAUGGGAUUCUAGCAUCUUUAUAAUGGCAAGAAUGUUAUUACUGAUAGUUGCUGUAGUGUUAGCUGCAUCGAGUAAUGGAAAUCGUGAAUUUGUCUCUAACCUAGGGGUUCUAAAAAAUUUACUAAAUACAAAAGCAGAUUUGAUCGAAAAACUACUUGAUGAAAUUGCUCAUCAACAACAACAAUUAAAAACUAUAAGCAACGAAGAAGUAUACUCAAAGGAACUAGAAGAUGUUGCUUAUAAAGCAAGUGAAUAUUCAUUAUCUGCUAAAAGGACAAUUAGUAUGUUAACUGGUCUAGAAAAUUUGUGGCCAAAAAUUGAUGAUUAUGUGAAAGAGAUUAGGAGCAAAAUUGGCCUUCAUAAUGUUACGUCUUCAGAGACAGGAUGUGAGCCCGAUUAUGAUUAUGAUGACUACGAACAUGGGAUUUUUGACAACUGGGCACUAAAGUUAUGCAAUGGAAUGAUUUCCCAAUCUUCAGAUAUCGAAAAGCAUUUAAAAUGUCGAUUCGUUGAUUAUGGAAAUCCGUUUCUAAAAAUAGCACCAUUCAAACAGGAAGAUGUGUAUUUAGAUCCUUUCAUUGUCAUCUACCACAAUGUUCUUUCAGAUGCAGAAAUAGAAAUGCUCCAAGAAGAGGCCUACCCCGCGUUGUAUUCCUCUAGUGUUACCUCAGAAAUGGAAGGUGCACAUUCAUCAAAAAUACGAAUUUCUGAACAUGCUUGGCUUAUUGAGGAAUAUUAUCCAAAAGUUAAGUCUAUAAACGAACGAGCAGGACAUAUGACAGAUUUGAAUAUUGGUACAUCAGAGCCUCUUCAAAUUGCAUACUAUAAACCUGGAGGAUACUUUAAUGAACACGUUGAUUUUGACCCAAACAAGGAUAAUCCUUUUCCAAAUAAGCCUGUUGGAAAUCGAAUUGGAACACUAAUGUUUUACUUAAACAAUGUUCAAGAAGGUGGGAAAACAAUUUUUUCUUUUUUGAAUAUUACCUUGACACCAAAAAAAGGAAAUGCUGUUUUUUGGUACAAUACUUUACCAAAUGGAGAUUUAGACUAUUUUACAAUGCAUGCAGGUUGUCGUGUUGUUUCUGGAGUAAAAUGGGUCGCAAAUAAAUGGUUCCACGAACAUGGACAAGAAUAUCGCAGACCUUGUUUGUUAAAAAAUGUUUACGAUAAAUAUAGAAGUGGAUAUUUUUAAGAAGCUUUUUUUAAUAUCAAAAGCUAUAAUUCGAAUUUAUCAUCUGAUAAAAUAAACUGAACCAUCUUUAACCAUCUUUAUAUGUGAUUAAUUUCAUCGAUUAUUGAAAGUCAUGAAUUAUAACGAUUUUAACAGAAUAUAAAUAUUAUAAUAAUAAAUUUAAAUUAAUAAAAAAAAGUAUCACAUAA